GGUGGUGACGUGUUCACUAUUAGCAAUGGCGGCGACGAACAGAUCGUUCGGGUCUGCGGAUUAUGCUGUUUUUGUUAUAUCUCUGGUGAUGUCAGCUGGUAUUGGCAUAUUCUAUGCCUUCAAAGGGGGGCGACAGAAAACGACAGGAGAGUUCUUGAUGGGAAACAGAGAUCUGCAAAUACUGCCGGCAUCAGUGUCAAUUCUGGUGUCCUUCCUCUCGGCGAUCACCAUCCUAGGCACAGCGGCAGAGAUGUAUACCAAUGGAACGGAGUACUUCCUAUACGUGUUUGGAAUGGUCUUUGGUAUCAUCCUGGCAACCGUGUUGUACAUCCCCUUGUUCUACCCACAUGGCUUUACAAGUUCUUUUGAGUAUUUGGAGAAGAGGUUCAAGUCUAGAGCGGCCAAACUAACCGGCACUGCUAUAACUAUAUUCCAACAGAUAAUCUACAUGGGGAUUGCUUCGUAUGCGCCGUCCACUGCCUUGGAAGCAGUAACAGGAUUCCCAGUCUGGGCGGCUAUCGUUGUAGUGGGUGCAGUCUCCAGCUUCUACACGGUACUGGGUGGGCUUAAGGCUGUGGUAUGGACGGACCUAUUCCAGUCGCUGGUUAUCGUGAGCGGUCUACUCGCUGUUGUGAUUCAGGGCACCAUGCUUGUUGGCGGCGUCGGAGAAGUUUGGCGGAUCAACAACGCCUGGGGAAGAAUUAACUUCUUUGAUUUCGACCCCUCUCCGACAACCCGGCAUACAUUCUGGUCUCUAGUUGUUGGGGGAACCAUAGCCUGGACCGGAACUUAUGGAGUCAAUCAGGCAAGCAUACAGCGCUUCUGUGCUGUGCCUACACUGAAGAAAGCCCGGAUAUCACUGAUGCUCAACGCUGCUGGAGUGCUGAUCCUGCUGACCAUUCUGUGCCUGGCAGGGAUCACCAUCUUUGCCUACUACGCCAUUAGAGGCUGUGACCCUUUGUCAGCUAAAUACAUCGGAAAUUCCAACCAGCUUUUGCCGUACUUCGUGAUGGAGGUUCUGGACUACCCCGGAGUGCCUGGAUUGUUCAUCGCCUGUUUGUUCAGUGGGACGCUAAGCACCGUGUCCUCGUGUCUGAGUGCCGUCACAGCGGUAGUCUGGGAGGACAUGCUGAAACCAUUCCUGGAAGACAGGCUCUCUGAAGGACACAAGACAAUAGUGACUAAAAUAUUGGUACUGGUAUUCGGCGCUGCCGGCACAGCUAUGGCUUUUAUGGCCAAGAACCUGGGAGGAACCGUGCUUCAGGCUGCACUCAGUUUUGCCGGUGCUGCUACUGGACCUCUCAUGGGGAUGUUCGCUCUAGGUGCCUUCUUCCCAUGGGCCAACUGGAUUGGAGCGGUUGUUGGGGGAAUCUGUGGCCUGGCGUUUCCAUUGUGGUUAGGAAUUGGAGCAUACAGUGUGGUCGGUAGUCCCCCCGUCCUAGCCUUCCCCACAAGCAACUGCAGCGAGAGCAACUUCACGACCACAACCAUCACCCCAUCAUACUCAACUAAUGUUACAACGUCAGUGACGGACGUUAAUACGAGCGGUCUGACUGGCCUGUACUCCAUCUCCUACCUGUGGUACACGCCUAUUGGUACUGCAACAGUCAUCACAGUCGGGUUGUUGGUCAGCGUUCUUUCAGGAAUGAACCGAGUCGGUGACGUCGACACAAAGUACAUGGUGCCUUUCUUCGACCGUCUGAUUUGCUGUCUCCCUACAUCGAUCAGCCGAGUCCUCCGGUGUAAUCAGGAGUUUGACAGUCCUGAGGUACUCUGUGCACAAGCGAAAGAAUUACAGUCGGCAGAACAAAACAUUCAGCACAAGGUGACUGACCACAAAUCUGAUACAAGACUUUGAAUAAAAGCCGAGAGUUUUCCGCGAGAACAAACCUUACAAUUGUCUACAAAGAAGAGACAGCCAUCCUUGGUUGGAACUACUCAAAGACACGUUGACUACGUGAAACUUCAUCCGGGUGUUACCAUUCCAAUAGAAAUCUGGAUUAUCGGAUCAUGUGGGUGGAUUAAUGUUGAUUAAUGUUGCCUUAAUACAUACAACUAGAAAA